AUGAUAAUAAUAACUAGACUGGUGAUAGUUAUAUAAACAGUGACAAAGACAGUAGUCCACUUUAAGAUUAAAACGAAGAAAAUGAAAAGUAAAUUAGAAAAAGAAAAAAUACAAAAGGAAAAAGAAGAGAUUCUUCUUCUUCUUCCUCUUCAUCAUCCUAAUCAUCUGAAGGAUCAGAAUCAGAAGCUGAAGUAAGAAGAGAAAGACAAAGAAAACUACAAAGAAAAAAAUAGAUAUAAUAAUUGCAAUAAAAAAAUAAGCUUGUCCAAGUUAGUAAAAAAAAUAAUAUCAUUAUUAUUUCUAAAAUGUUAAUUAUUUUUUGAAGCUAAGAAAAAAUUAGGAGAGAAAGAACAAGAAAUAUAAAAUCUGAGCACUUAAAUUGGAAAGCAGCAGCAAAACUUGAACGAGUUAAAUUAGUAAAAUGAAAAUCUAAAAGCUAAAACAGACUAAUUGGAUACAGUGAUUCAAGAAAAGAGUAAUUUAGAAAACCACUUCGCAACUCAAAUGAUAAAAGUAGAAUAAGCUAAAAAAGCUAUCAAAAGAAAACAAUCUUUAUUUAACGAUAAAGCAGAAGAGUUUUAAAAAGCUUUAAAUCAAAAAUCAUUCAGGGUAAAAGUAACUAAUAAAAUGAAGAGCAUAUUUACUUUCAUUAGCUAAACUGUUGAAAAUCAUUACUACUUAAGUAGCUAAGUAUAUUAAAUCUCAAAUUCAUAUGGGAGUAAGAGUGAGGUUUCUUUUAGUUCGAAUGCUUAUUAUGUUAAUAUUUAUAUUUUUUCUCUAGCAUUGUUUGUACCUUUCUUUGUUUAUUUCUUCCUUCAUACCUAGAUAGAUAGCUUCGAGGAUAUAUUCUUACAUAGCUAUAGCGAUGAAUUAGGAUUGUAUUUGAUUAUUACUAUGACUAUUUUUUUUGUUUUCUAAGUUCUUUUCUCUAUUUUAAGAUUUACUGAUGUAAAGUAAAAGGAAAUAAGAGAAAUAGCUAAAAGUGGAAAAGAAAUAAAUAAUUUCAGGAUUGCCUUUGCUGAAUGGAAUUGGAAAAUAAAAGAUUAUCAAAUUACAUAAAAAAGUCAAUUUGCCUUGAAGAAAUAUGCUGAAUCUUACUUUAAAUAUGAAACAACAAACCAAUAUUAAGAUUUAAGCUCUCAUUAACAGAUAAAGGAUAUAUUGAUUUUAUUUGUUUUUAUUGCUAUCAUAGUUGGAAGUUUAUUUGCUACUGCGUAUAUUCAUUAUGAAGGUUAUUUACUUAAAAUAGCAAAUAUAAUGUUAGUGAGUGAAAUUGCUCAUGGUGCUACUAUUGCUUGUAUUGGUAGAUUCUCUUGCGAAAUCAUGAAUAUUAUAAUGAAAUAAAAAGCAGGAUUUAAUUCUAAUGAAAUAAACUCUAAAAAAUAUAGCAUAAAAUUUAUUUGUUAAUCAAUUCCUACUGCUUUAAGUAUAUUGAUAACUUAUAAUACUUUCCUAAAUAAUAAUUAAAUUACACUAGACUUUGACUUAUUUUCUACAAAAAUUCCUUAUAAUUCAUCUAAAUUUGAUUGUCCUGAAUAAUAAGUUUCCCAUUUUCUUUUAGGUCUUGUUGUAGGUCAUUUUAUAGUCAAUAUUUUCUGGUAAUAUCUCCCCUCCAUACUCACAUAUUUUUCUUCUGGUAAAUAAGGAGAUUCACCAUUCUAUAAGAGGGUAGAAUACAGUAUGAUGCAAGCUUAAAUACCUUUAGUUGUUAUCAAUAUGACUUUACUAGCUCUUUUGCCAUUUACAGGAUUUGCAAUAAUCUUUUCUGUCCUAUUAUUUUACUUUAAUUUUUACAAUGAAUGGCUCAUAAUUCAUAAAUUUAAAUUACCUUAGUACAAAGGAGCACCAAAGUCUUAGUUAAAGCUUCAUUUCACCUAUUUUUAGAAUUUAACUCUAAUGUUUAUCUUUUGUUGCUAUUCCCUAUAUUAUCUUAACAUAUUUUAAGCAGUGUAAUAGGGUAACUCUAUAAAAUCUUGCAGUCCUUACUCAUCGUUUAAUUAAUCCCUUUACGGUUAUAUUAUAGAUAAAAUAACUACUGUCACAAUUUUUAAGGAUAUAUAUGAAUUUAUUUCAUGGUACCCCUUGCUUUUAGUUUUUCUGUUUGCUUUUUAUAUUUCACAUGCUAAUUCUUAAGGCUUGUAUAAAUUCUGGAAGUAAGAAAUAAAAAAUAAAAAUUCUGAGAUCAGUGGAGUCAAAACAUAUUAUGAAUAAAGGAUAGAGCGCUUAGAAAACAAAAUAAAAGAAACCUAAUAAGUUUUGUAUAAUAUUUAAAACCCUCAAAGCUAUUAAGAAACAACUGAUGAUUUUGGCAGGAUACCAGAAUCAAGAAGAUAAAGUGAUGAGUCAAUUAUGAAAAAUCCAACUUAGUUUACUUUGAACUUUGAUACUGAAUUUAAAAUAAAGGGUUCAAGUGGAUCAAUAAAACCUCUUUUAUACACUCAAAUAAAUAAUAAAUCAAAAGCUAACUACAAUUUGAAUGAUAUUGAAGAAGAAGAUGAAAGUUAGAUGAAAUAAACUUCUAUUGCUGUUUUUAAAUGA